AUGUCGCGCCAGCAAGUUAUCCAACACUACACUCGCCUCCUCACCCGCUGGCCAGUGGACCGUCUACGACCCGAAGACCGCCACUUACAACACCUCCUCCGUAAGCGCAUCGAAGUCACACCAACCAGUCACGUAGACGAGGGUAGGGAAAUCAAUGCCGCUUACUUGCUCCUGGACAACACCUUCACCAAGCAGUACCCGCUCCCGGAUGCUAUGAUGAAUCCCUCCAGCAACCCCACCCACUAUACCGAUCUGGCGCGCGAGCUUGACGAGGCACCGGACCGGAGUUGGUGGGGAAGCUUGGUGAAGAGAGUGCAGGGGAUGGUGAGGUUUCGUUGA